UCUGUUGUCACCACGCGUGUCGCGGGGUUCCGUCGAACGAUCGAUCACUAACCGUGUUGGAACGGCGGCAAGAUAGCGCGGUCGACGCGACCGUUCCCUCGCUGGAGACCGACGAUUUCACAUCUGCUUGAAGAGAUCGGGAAGAAGAAAAGGAGUGAGAUCAUCCAUCCUGUUUCCGCGUUCGGUGGUCGAAUUCUUCCUGCCUUUUACUUUGAAUGGUCCAUCCCCUCGACGGCUUACGAGUUCUAGGUCUUCGAGAACUUCAUCGGGGUGUCGCUUGAGGUAGACGAUCUGGAUUCUGUUAGAUAACGAACGUUUCAUUGCUGUUAGACUGUAGGCAGCAUACAUAUAAUAUCUGAUAGCUGCGAUUUGCAAAACAAAUUGAUAUGGUCUGUUCCUGUUUCAACGCUCUACUAUCCAGAAGAAAACAUCGUCAACAUUCUGAGCAAGAAACAGGUGGGUUUUCAUCUGACAAAAAUGUAAGGCUUAUCUCCUAUGAUGAACUGAGAUCAGCAACGGAUAAUUUUCAUCAAAGCAAUAAGAUAGGUCGGGGUGGUUUUGGAACAGUAUACAAGGGGACUCUUAGAAAUAGAGUAGAAAUUGCAGUGAAGGUACUAUCUGCAGAAUCCAAGCAAGGAGUUAACGAAUUCUUGACUGAGAUUGAUGCCAUAGCAAAUGUUAGGCAUCCAAACCUUGUUGAGCUUAUAGGUUGCUGUGCCCAAGGUAGCAGUCGCAUUUUAGUGUACGAGUAUAUGGAAAACAGUAGUCUUGAUCGUGCUUUGCUAGGUUUGAAUAUUGAUGAUACUAGCAAGCUGAAUUGGAAGAUUAGAUCUGCUGUUUGUAUAGGCACUGCCAAAGGUCUUGCUUAUCUUCACGAAGAGCUCGAGCCUCCGAUCGUACACAGAGACAUCAAAGCUAGCAAUAUUCUCCUUGACAGUGAUUUUGCACCAAAAAUUGGAGAUUUUGGUUUGGCAAAGCUUUUUCCUGAUAAUGUUACUCACAUCAGCACACGUGUAGCUGGAACAACUGGUUAUUUGGCACCUGAGUACGCCAUGCAGGGCCAGUUAACUAAGAAGGCUGAUGUAUAUAGUUUUGGGGUUCUUGUAAUCGAAAUAAUUAGUAGCAGAAGUAGUUCGAAGACAUACUGGUCAGGAUUAGGCCAAUCUCUCUUGGAAUGGACCUGGCAGCUUUUUGGGGAGGGGAGGAUUAAAGAAGUGAUAGAUCCAGCGCUGCAAGAAUAUCCAGAAGAACAAGUCUUGAGGUUUAUCAAAGUAGGACUCUUCUGCACGCAAGCGUCUGCCGGACGGAGACCCUCCAUGCCACAGGUUGUUGAGAUGCUGUCGAAGCCCAUGAAACUAAAUGAGAAGGAAUUGACCCCUCCAGGUGUUGUUGGAGGCUCCUUAUUCAUGAACAACUACAGAGUUCCAAAAGCAACAAAUUCCAGCAAUACACAAUUUAAUGAAUCAACUACCAGUGCUACUGCCGUUGCAUCCGCAUCAAAUCCUUCUUUCUUAACCCAAAUGAUUCCAAGGUAGAAACUUUGCUUGCACAUAUAUUAACAACGUAGCAUCGGCAGUUAAUGCAGUCGUUAUGUAAUAAACUGUUUUCAUGAGUUUACUUACAUUAGCAUCCAUUUCUUUUAUGGUUGUU